AGAGAGAAACAGAUCAGUAGAAAGAAGCUGAUAGAAAAACUGGGAGGCAGAAAAGGAAGGAAAUCAACAGAACCAUCAAACACAAAAUACUGAAAAUCUUCAGCAUCCUGCAGACUCCGGACAGGCCUGAAACACUGAGUCAUGGACGUGGAGAGGAUUAUCGAGUGCAUCAAACAGCAUGAUCAUGAAGGACUGAGGACGCAGCUACAGCAAUUUAAUAAAGAGUACGCACAGUGUUUUUUCUUCGAUGUGGAGGAGUGGGAGAGGAAGAAGAGGCAGGAGCUUGAAGAGUUUAAGAGGAAUAAAGUCAGAGAUCCUGGUUCUGACUCUGAUUUGGAUGAUGAAAGCUCUGAAGACCGAGAAAUCUUUCUGAGACAGAGUUUAGCCUCCAUUCUGAUCCGUUUCCUGCGGUCCGAUCCCCACAGCCGAGUGAUCCGGGUCUGCUUGCGUACGUUACGGAUUCUGUCUCGAGAUAAGAAGGUUCUGGACAGCCUGCUCACCGAUUCCUCCCUCAUCACUCUCGCCAGACUCGCCGGCUUCAGUCAGACCCCCGACCCCGGAGAGGAGCUCGACGACCAGGCGGACCUGUUCGGGGAUGUGAUGGAAGCUCUCUCAGGCCUGGACUCGAACGAUGGUGAGAACGGAGAGGAUGAAGAGCCGAGUGCAGAGAAUCCAGACGCUAAUAACAUCAGCGCCUUGAGGCGAAGAAGAAGCAGCGUUUUCAAAGCUCUCAUGAGAGGAAAGAGGGACAUCAGGGCGAGUGUGGUGGAGGACGAGGACAAAGACGAGGAGGAGGACGGUAAAGGAGCUCAGAAGUGUGAAGAAGAACAAAAUAAAGAGGCUGUGAAAAUCCUCUGCAAUGUUAUUUACAACAGCGCCUGGGCCCAAGAGAGAGCAGCCGAGCUCAGUCUCCUCAGUGGUUUAACUGCAAAGCUGGACAAGGAGUCUCAAUCAGCGUCAACACCAAGUGGUCAAUAUUAUGAACUGCGCCUCAUAUUUCUGCUAACUGCUCUGAGGCCUGAGCUGAGGAACCAGCUUAAGCAGGAGGGAGGGGUUGUGGUGUUGACCACAGUGCUGGAGAGGUGUGUGUCGGUACAGUGGAAGGAACAGUAUGAAGUUGCACCUCUGGAACCCGAUGCUGCCCUCGUGUCUGUGGAGGACUCGCUGCGAGCACAGGAAGUCCUGAAGAUCCUUUUUAACAUCACACACAGCGCACACUCCCAGGACCCAGAUGAGGAAAAUGCUACUCUCUAUCGCCGCCUGGCUGCAGUUCUCCGCCACUGUCUGUUGGUGCGCUGUGAGGGAGAGGAGGAGACUGAGGAGCUGAAGGGACACACGGUGAACCUGCUGUCGGCGCUGCCGCUGAGCUGCCUGGACGUGCUGCUGUGCGUUCCCCUGCAGCCAGACUCCGAGCAGAUGGACGGAGUCAACAUGGACUGUGUUCACAGCCUGCUGGUGUACCUGGAGAGGAGACUGGAGAAGGGGGAGAAGGUGAAGGCCAGACUGACCCCUGUGCUGAAUCUGCUCACAGAGUGCUCCAGAGCACACAGAGGAACCCGCCGCUACCUCAGACAGCAGAUUCUGCCCCCCCUGAGGGAUGUGAGUAUGAGGCCAGAGGAGGGAAGCACAGUGAAGAGCCGGCUGGUCAGACUGAUGACCCACCUGGAUACAGAGCUGAAACACUGCGCUGCUGACCUGCUGUUUGUACUCUGCAAGGAAAAUGUCAGGCGCUUUGUGAAGUACACCGGCUACGGGAACGCUGCAGGCCUCCUGGCCACGCGGGGCUUGCUGGGAGGUCAGAGGUCGAAGGGCACGUCAUCAGGGACGCGGUACUCCAGCGAUUCAGAUUCAGACACCGAAGAGUACCGGCAGGUGAAGAGCCGUAUAAACCCGGUGACGGGCAGGUUGGAGGAGGAGCUGCCCGACCCGAUGGAGGGAAUGACUGAGGAGGAGAAAGAGGAGGAGGCCCGAAGACUCGUCAGCCUGAUCAACAAACUGUCCAAGGACAACAUGAUUCAGCCAAUGGGACUGGACGCUCAGGGUCAGCUGACUCCUCUGGCAAGCCUUAGGGACCUCACAGAGGAAGAGGAUGGAUCAGAGGAGGAGGAGGAGGAGGGAGCGGACGACUUGUUGAAUGUGGAGUAAAGGCAGGAUUGGAUGAGGAUGAUUGACAGUAACUGUGUUUUGUAAAUUUGUAGUAGUACGAGAAUCCGCCAUCAGACUGCAGAGUUAAACUACCCUGUCUGAACCUGACUGUGCUUAAAUAUCUGUACUGUCCCAGAAAUUGACCUGUAGUGGGUACCAUGCCCAUAUAAGGAGUUCCGGGUUUAGCUGUUUAUCUCUAUGGGAAAAAUGAAUGCUAACCAUAAAAAUGAUUAAAAAAAAAUUAAGAGAGCACUUCAGUUUCUGAAUCAGUUUUUCUGAUUUUGCUAUUUAUAGGUUUAUUUUUAAGUAAAAUUAAUAUUAUUGUUUAUUUUUUAAUUUCUCCCAAAUUCCAAAUAAAAAUAUUGUCAUUUAAAGCAUUUAUUUGCAGAAAAUGAGAAAUCAAUAUUUGGUGGAAUAACCCUGGUUGGUUUUUAAUCGCAGUUUUUUUCAUGCAUCUUGGCAUCAUGUUCUCCUCCACCAGUUUUACACACUGCUUUUGGAUAACUUUGUGCUGCUUUACUCCUGGUGUAAAAAUUCAAGCAGUUCAGUUUGGUGGUUUGAUGGCUUGUGAUCAUCCAUCUUCCUCUUGAUUAUAUUUUAGAGGUUUUCAAUUUGGUCAAAUUCAAGAACCUCAUCGUUUUUAAGUGCUCUCUUAUUUUUUCCAGACGUAAU